AAAACUUGCGAUCAUAAUAAUAACAAAGCGACGCGCCGGAAUUUUUGUUACUAAAAAUCGCGAAAUCUCGUAUGCAUUCCCGACUUUUGGCCUCGGAAGUUGUGAAGGUGUUCUUCGCAAAAUGGGUGAUAUUCGGGCUGGCCUUGAGGAACUAAAAUUGGACGGUGCACUUUUCGCCAACGUCAAAUACUACGUCAGCGGCGAGGGAGAUCCUAAGAUAUUAAGUUUACUGCAAGAGGGUGGAGCAGAGAGAUCAAAUUAUUUCAGUGACUUUGUAACACACCUAAUAGCAGGUUACGAGGCGCUAGAAAAUGAUAUCUCUGCCGCCAAGGAUCUCUACGAAAUUCCAGCCGUCACCCAGAACUGGAUUCUAUAUUCCGUCAAAUGCAAGAAGCUUCUUCCAGUUCACUACUUUUCACCGGAGGAUAAUCAACUCUUUUCAAAUGUACGAGCAUGUAUAUCCCAAGUGAGUCGUUCGGACAGUAGAGCCCUCUGGGCUAUGAUAACUCUCCAGGGUGGAAAGUGCCAGCUUCGAUUGGACCGUCACUGCACCCAUCUGAUAAUCGGAAAAGCGAAUGGCGCCAAGUACGAGGUCGCUGCGAGACAUCACCUUCAGAUCGUGACGCCCGACUGGGUGACCGAGUCGACAAAAAGAGGCUCCCUCGUCCACGAGGCCGAGUACCAUCCGCGACUUCUCUUGUAUCCCUCGCCAAACAGUUCCACCGCCCUCAUCACCGGAUUCAUGGACGACGAUGGCCUCAGCAAUUCCAUCCCGGAAGAACAGGAGGGAACGAAUGCGGUCCUCGAGCAGCUGAAGCAGCGCAUGCCCUGGAAUCAGCCGAAUCAACAAAAUCCGCCAAUUCUAUCAUCAUCAAACGCCCAGGUCAUCAAUUCAACUUCCUCAUCUGUCUUUCAAUCUGCCAAUUCUCGUAAUGUUACCAGCACCCAGCAACAGCAGCAGCAGCAGCAGCAGCAACAACAACAUCAGCAGCAGCAUUUUGCUCGUUCAGUUGCUGCAACAACUUCCUCGGUCGCUUCGCCCGCCACGAGCCAAAACUUGAUGAGUCAGAAUUGGGUGCCGCCGAAUUCACAGGCGAAUAAUAUUCUGCAGAUGAAGAGUCCCCUGCAGAAUCAGAUGCAGGAGCUGCAGAGUCAGGUGAAUCAGCAGAUUAAUCAGCAGACUAGUCAGCAGAUGAAUCAGCAAGUUAAUCAGCAGAUGAAUAAUCAGAUAAAUCAACAGGCUAAUCAGAUAAAUCAGCAACAGGGUAAUCAGCAGAAUAAUCAGCAGGUGAAUCAGCAGAUUAAUGUCUGGAUAGGACAACAGCAGCAGCAACAGCAGCAGAAUUUCACGCUUCUGAAUCAGCAUCAGAUUCAACAGCAGACAUUGAUGGCCUCGCCUCAGCAGAUUAACUCUCAGAUCACGCAGAUUCAGCUGACAAGUCAGCAACAGCUGCUCACCUCGCAACAGAAACAACUGAUGACUAGUCCACCGAUGUCUCAUCAGAAAUCUCAGCAAAUCAGUCCACAGGGACACUUGUCGCAACAGAUUUCUCUGCAGCAGCAAUUGCCGGCUCAACAAUUGCAGGGGCAACAGCAACUCGGUGGACAGCAGAUGCAGGGCCAACAAAUACAGGGACAGCAGCAAUUAUCUGGACAACAGUUAACAGGUCAACAGUUGCAAGGUCAACAAUUGCAAGGUCAACAGUUGCAAGGACAACAGUUGCAAGGUCAACAGUUGCAAGGUCAACAAAUCCAAGGUCAGCAAAUCCAAGGUCAGCAAAUCCAAGGUCAGCAACUGUCCGGACAGAUGCAAGGUCAACAAUUGACAGGACAACUAACCACGACUCAUCAAUUGAACCAAACAGCUCAGCAACAACAGCAAUUAACCCACGAACAACGUCAGCAAUUAAUUCUCCUCCAACAGCAGCAACAGCAGCAGCAACAAAAAAUUCAACAGAUCUCUCAACAACUUCAGCAAUCCGCUCCCCAGGCCUCUCAACAAUUCGUCAUCAGAGAAGGACAACUUCAACAGCAAUCGCCGAACCAGCAACUGAUUAAUCCGACACAGCAGAGCUUUAUCGUCCAACGUGACCCGCAGUGGCAACAGCAACAGUAUCAUCUCCAGCUUCAGAGGCAACAGCAACAGCAGCAAUUGGGUCAACAGCGUCCUGGAGGUCAAUGGACCCAACAGCCUCCCCAGCCCCCAAGACAGUUGAUUCAGCUAGAUGCUCAAACCCAUCAGCAGCUACAGCAAAUGGAUCCCCAACAGCGGGCCCAGUUUAUCCAAAAAAUACAAAAAAAUCGAACUCUCUUUAUGCAGCGGCAAAUGCAGAGUCGCCAGGCCCAACAAGGCCCGCAUAUUGCCGUUAUCAGAAGUCCGGGACAGCCUGGACAGCCCUUGCAGUGGGUCCAGCAAGCCAGGCCCCAGAUAAUGGGACCACAGGUUACGUCGCCAGUUGGACAAAAACCGAUGCACGGCGGCGUUCAACCUUCAACUCUGGCACCACUCAAUGCCACAAAUCAGGUGAUUGUUCAGACUGCCCAGCCGGUGGUUCAAGGUCCAGCCCAGGCUCCUCAGACGCCAGCAGCCUUCCAACAGGCUCAGCUGACGCCUCAGCAGAUUGCCCAGAUUCACAUGCAGAAGCAGCAGCAAAUUGCGCGAAUACAGCAAUUGCAGCACCUGCAACAGCAGCAGCAACAACAGCAGCAACAGCAACAGCAGCAGCAGAGUCCGCAACAGGAGCCGGCGAUGGCGGCUUUACCUGGGAAUAAUCAAAUUUCACCGGAACAACAGCUUGUGGUGAAUGCAAAGACGAAAACUGCUCUGGCGAAUAUGCUGACGAGUCGACUGCAAAGUGGAGCCACUGAGGGAAGUGCAGCUGGCCAAUUAAGGCUGAUGACUGCUCAGCAUAGACCUGCACCUCCACCCUCACAAGAUCCGCAACUCUUGGCUGCCUAUCAGCGACGAACUUUGGGCAAUUUGACGAAUGGAGCGCCACCUGGUGCGCAGAUCAAGAUGCAGUAUACGCCAGCGAUGAAUCAGCCCAAGGCCCAGUUCUACGGUCAUAAUCCGAAUUUGAAAUUGCCGCCAGAUCUUUUCCUCCUCGGUUGUAUUUUCGUCAUCGUUGAAUAUGACGCACAGAAUCCAAACGAGGUUCACGUUUGGAAGCAGGUGAUCGAGAGACACGGGGGUGAAAUUGAGCCGCAAUAUUGUCCCCGAGCCACUCACGUCCUCGCAAUUACACAAAAGCAUCCAAUUGUUGUCCAGGCUCUUCGAGAAGGGAAACGUUGUGUCAGCGCCCAUUGGCUCUCCGAUGUUGUCAAUAAACAACAAGUGCUUCCACCAUGGCACGCUCUUCAUUUUCCGACACAUUUCAGUAUGACGGAACUUCCCUGCAGCAAACAUAUCAUUUCUCUUUCCGGAUUCGAAGGAGAGGAACGCUCCAAAGUGAAAAUCAUGCUCGAGACUCUCGGGGCCAAACUGACAGUAUACUUUUCGAAACAUAAUACACUUCUUGUCUGCAGAAGACCUGAUGGCGCGAAAUUUAAAAAAGCGCGGGAGUGGCAAAUCAGUGUCGUGAAUGCCCAGUGGCUGACUGAUUUGCUCUGUGGACAAAUGAACGCUCUUCAUCAGAUCGACGCGCCAAAGUAUCAGCAAUUCAGUCUCGGAAAUCCUUUUAGAUUAGAUUAUUCGCUCCUUCCGCAACUGAUGGCUGCUUGGAAGAUGCCAAUUAAUAUAACCCAAGAGUCAUACGACAAAGUGAAACAAGUUGGCCAGGGACCAAAUGCAAUGAGAAAGUACAAGAAGCCCCGACUCGAUGUGCCAUUAGCGAUUAAGGAUCCACACUUGCUCGGUCUGGACGAGCCAAUCGUAGUCAGUAAUCCAGAUCCUCCGCCACCAGACAAGCAGCCGAGGAUUCUCUUCUCUGGAAUUGAUCCUAGAAAGCACGCGAAGAGGAUUCGAGAAUUGGGAGGCGCGAUGGCUGCAAGUUGGCGCGAUGCAACUCAUCUCGUCAUGUCUGCCCCAAUUCGAACCGUAAAAUUUUUGUGCUGUCUCUCUCGCUGUAAAUAUAUUGUCACUCUCCAGUGGCUCGCUGACUGCUCUGCCAAAAAUACCUUCCUAGACGAAACAGCCUACAUUCUCGAUGACGCCGAAUUUGAGAAAACUUUUGGCUGCAAUAUUCCGAAGGCUCUUGUGAGUCCCAAUAAAGGAACUGUACUUAAGGGAAAGACUUUCUAUGUAACGCCGAGUGUAAUUCCUGCGCCCUCAUCGAUAGCGGAAAUCGUCGAAAGUGCAGGAGGGACAAUGGAUAAGACCCGAAAAUCACUCGCUCAGAUUCAGGAAUUAAAUAGCAGCGAUUUAAAUUACAUUAUCAUUACACACGAAAAUGAUCUUCAUCUUCUCGCUGAUGUGACGCGAACAAAUAUAAAUGUCUUCACCGCGGAAAUCGUGAUGAGAGCGAUUGCACGCCAAGCUUUCAAAUUCGAGGAAUUCACCCAGUGAAGACUCUGCGCUCUCAAAAUUUAAUUUAAAAUUUCCAAAUACCGACUCGGUGAAAAUGUUCUCGAGAAUGAAAAGUUCUUACCUUUCUUCUGUGGGACAAUAAAGAUACAUAAUUUUAUGGUA